AUGCGUCAAUUAACAGAAGAUGAGACCAGAGUUGUAUUCGAAAAAUUAGCUGGGUAUAUUGGAAGAAACAUUAAAUUACUAGUGGAUAAUAAAGAACAGCCAUUUGUUUUUAGAUUACAAAAGGACAGGGUUUACUAUGUACCUGAACACAUUGCCAAAUUAGCUACGUCUGUCGCGAGACCAAAUUUGAUGUCCGUUGGUCUGUGUCUCGGCAAGUUCACGAAAACAGGGAAAUUCAGAAUUCACAUUACCGCUCUCACAGUGCUUGCACAACAUGCUAAAUACAAGAUCUGGAUUAAGCCCAACGGAGAAAUGCCAUUUCUUUACGGGAACCAUGUCUUGAAAGCACAUGUUGGCAAGAUGUCUGAGGAUAUCCCAGAGCACGCCGGUGUCAUUGUGUUCUCAAUGCACGAUGUGCCGCUCGGGUUUGGCGUAAGUUCCAAAAGUACUUCCGAAUCCAGAAAUGUACCACCCACCGGUAUUGUUGCUUUCAGACAAGCUGAUAUCGGAGAGUACUUGAGAGAUGAAGACACUCUUUUCACUUGA